AUGGAAUUUCAAGAGGCAUUGAAAUACAUUCCAUCAAAUUCAAUAUGUAGUAAUCCAAAUUAUAAAUUAAUUUGGAAAAAAAUUCAACAAUAUAGUUAUGAAGUUAAUUCAUCAUCAUCAUUAAUUUUAAGUGAUAUAUCAUCAAGUAGCUAUGAUUUAUCAGGUAUAUUUGAAAAAUCAUUAAUGAUAUUUUUAAUGAUUGAAAAUUUUACGACGCAAUAUUCAAAUCAAAGUUAUUUAUAUAGGUUUUUAAAUGAACCACCAAUUAAUAAUAAUAAUAAUAAUACAAAAUCAGAAUUUCAACAAAUUAUAACAGAUCCAUCAAAUAAAGAAUCAUUAAAAUCUUUAUUACAAUUUUCAAAAACUAUAAAUAUUUCAAAAAUUUUUGAAAAUAAUACUCAACCAAUAAUAAUAUCACCACCACAACAAUCACAACAACCACCACCACCUACAAGUGGUAAUAAUUUUUUUAGUAUUUUAAGUAGUAAUAUUAAUACUAUAAAUAAUAAUAGCAAUAAUAAUAAUAAUAAUAAUAAUUGUAAAUCAUAUAAAAAGCAACAAACUAGUAAAGGUAGUGCUACUGCUUCAACCAAUACUACCACUGAUAUAUAUGAUGAACAACAAAUGAAAUUACAACAAUUACAACAACAAUACUAUCAACAACAAUUGAAUGAAUUACAACAAAUUAAUCAACAAAUCAGUCAAAAAGUUAAUUUAUUACAACAAACUACUCCAACCACUACUAAUACUUCUACUACUGCUACAACUACUACUAUACCACCAUCACCAUCAAAUACUACUACUACCACCACUAAUAAUAAUAAUAAUAAUAUACCACAACAAACAUCAAUAUCAACAGCAUCAACAUCAAUAAAAAUUAUAAGUGAAGAUGGUGUUUCUAAUAAUAAAAGAAAAAGAAGACCAAGAGCACCUGCACCAUUUUUAGAUUCAUUAUAUUGUCAUUCAUGUGGUGAAACUCAAACAUCACAAUGGCGUAGAGGUCCCGAUGGUUGUAAAUCGUUAUGUAAUGCUUGUGGUAUUAGAUUUGCAAAUAUAGUUAGUAAAGAGAAAGCAUUGGCUGUUAAAGAAAAAAAUAUCUCUAUUAAUAUGUUAUUAAAUGAAUCUUCAAAUCAACAACAACAACAACAACAACAACAACAACAACAACAAAUAAUACAACAACAACAAAUAAUACAACAACAACAACAAAAAGAUGAUCAUUUACCAUUAUCAAGACCAUCUUCAUUUUCAUCACAAUCAAAUUCACAACAAGAUGAUUCUUUACCAUUAUCAAGACCAUCUUCUUUUUCAUCACAAUCAUCAUCUUCAUCAUCUUCAUUCUUAUCAUCACUAUUAUCUUCAUCUUCUCCACCAAUACCUUCAACAACUACUACUACUACUACUACAACCACAACCACAUCACCAACAAUAUCAUCAGAAUCACUAAAUUUUUCAUCUGCCACUAAUACUCCAACUAAUCUCUCACCAAAUCUUCAAUCAAUAAAUCAUAAUGAUAAGUUAAUUAAUAAUAAUAAUAAUAAUAAUACAGCAUUAGAAGGUUUCCCACCAACAUUUAACAUAAAUAAUUAUAAUAAUAAUAAUAAUAUUGAUAAAUUAUCAUCAUCAAAGGAUUCCACUGAAAAUAAUGGUUACAAUUACUAUAGUAGUUAUAAUAACUAUAAUAUUUCAGAGUAUGUACCAUCACCAGCAUAUCAAAACUCUAGGAUGACCAAUGUAGGAAUUGGUUCUUUUAAAAGGAAAUUAUCAAAUGAAGAUCAAUUGAAUGGAUUAUCCGCCAUUGUAACUGCUUCAGAACAAUUGUUUUUUGGUAUCUCAAAUGAUGUUAAUCAAGGUUCAAAUGUAAAAUUAUAA